AACUGUCAAAAAAAAUAUUUUUUGUGUGUUGUGUUUUUGUAAAUUUAUGCUUACUACUACUUUUAUCGAGAUAACAAACGAUACAACAUUUAUGCAUUGCAUAUCGGUUAAAUGCAAAAACCAUUUAUCCGUAUAAUAACAAAAUCACAUGUUGUAUGAUAUUUUUGGUCACUAAGUGAAAAUUUAGUACAAAGUACAAUCAUGUCUGUAAAUGUAAAUAUCCCAGAAUGUCCACCGAGUCUCAAAUCCAUUCAGCAUUACCUGAAGACUGCUUUAGAACACGACACCAGGGACCCAGUGGUCGCCUACUGGUGCAGGCUGCACGCGCUGCAAACUGGCCUGAAGAUUACCAAUAAGAAGACUCCAGAAGAAACAAAAUUACUAGUGGGUAUAAUGGAUUGGCUGGAGGAGGCCAAGAAAGUGCAUGCAAACAAUGAUGCGGUCAGCAAUGAAGUGGCAGCGCAGGCCCAUCUGGAGAACUAUGCACUCAAAGUGUUUCUGUACGCUGACAAACAGGACAGAGAACAGAACUUUGGAAAGAAUGUUGUCAAAGCAUUUUACACAGCAGGCAUGAUAUAUGAUGUACUAACAACAUUUGGUGAGCUGACGGACGAAGCAGCACAGAACAGGAAGUACGCCAAGUGGAAGGCAGCCUACAUUCACAACUGUCUGAAGAAUGGCGAAACACCUAUUCCAGGUCCCAUGCAAUCAGAAGAGGACAAUCAAACCAAUGAGGGUGCACCUGAAGAUAACCCCCCCUCCACAUUCAACCUGCCGCAAGUGCCCGGGUUCUCUUCACCACAGGUGCCUGGCUUCUCCUCACCCCAGGUGCCCGGGUUCUCGGCGCCCCACGUGACGCCCCCGACGGACCCCGCCACGCCCCCCGUGGCCCCCAGCAGCUUCAACAACUUCCUACCGGACCCCAACGCGGCAAUCAUAGCCGCUUCCAAACUGCCGCCGGUGCCGUACACGCCUGAUCCUAACCCUGGUGGCUUCGUCCCCUACGACCCGUCGACGCAGCCCGCGCCGCAGCCGGCCCCGCUGUAUGGCGACACCUCAUCCACAAAGGUCGCCGACCUCACCCCGGAUCAAGUGGCUAAAGCUCAGAAGUAUUGCAAGUGGGCGAGCAGUGCCCUCAACUAUGACGACGUGAAAACUGCAAUCACUAAUCUGCAGAAUGCACUGGAGUUGCUGCAGACGGGGCGCGACCCUGCCUGAGGUUGUUAUAUGCUUGUAUUUAUCAUGUAAUAUUCCAUUAAGGCUGAUCCAGCAGGCUUCGCUUUAAUACUUGUAUUAUAUGUAAAAUAAGAUUUAUUUAAGUACCUAUGUAUGAGAUUAUUGUUCACUAAUUUAUAUUUUGGCUUAUGCUUUUCAAAGCAUUUUGUGAUAAUCAGAAUGAUUAUGAUAAGCGCCAUAAUGUGCUUUAACUUAUGAACAAUAGUUAGUCUCACAAAUAAUAUAUAAUUACAUUUAUUACACUCAUUA